UUCUAUUCGCUCACUGCGCUCUCAUCCUCGGUGCGGCUUGUGUCUCUGCCUACUCCUGUGCGUAAGAGCGCACCGAUGGAUAUGUAAUGCGCUCCCGAAAAACGCCAAAUCUUAUAGCCUGCAAACGCCUCUCUGAAAAGACGUAUAGAUGCGCAGCAGAGAGCGCGCGCUACAGAGCAGUUAGUUAGAUUAAGUCUUUCCACGGUGAUUUUUAUCCUGCGCGUUUUUUUGUUCUAUUUUUUUUGGAUGAUGAUAUGGUAAUAAAGAUGCUCAUCGGCGCGGGUGACGGUGCAUUGCUAUUUGGAUGUGUGUUCCUGGACUUUUCAGCGUAUCAUGACCGCGCGCCCUUUCCCCUCUCUCCAAGUCUUUUCGUUUCCGCGUGAAGUUGAACGGAGGAGACGGCACGAUGAGAGGGAAAUACUUUCUCCUCGGCUUCUUGUUGCUCAAACUUAUGGCUCUCGUGUGCAAGGCUGACGGGGAGCCAGGACUGCUCGGGGGAUUCGUCAUGAUCGCCACCUCCAACGGCUCCAGGGAGGAGGAGAGCGUGUCCGAGGAGACCCCGCACACGGAGGACAAAUGUCGGGGUUACUACGACGUGAUGGGCCAGUGGGACCCGCCGUUCAUCUGCAAGACGGGCAAUUAUCUGUACUGCUGCGGCACCUGUGGCUUCCGCUUCUGCUGCUCCUACAAGCUCUCGCGGCUGGACCAGAGCACCUGUAAAAAUUAUGACACUCCGGUGUGGAUGAAGACCGGGCAGACUCCCUACAAAAAAAUGAACAAGAUGCACGACAGCACCAAAGACAAGACGAACUUAAUUGUUUACAUCAUAUGUGGAGUAGUGGCCAUCAUGGCUCUUGUGGGGAUUUUCACCAAAUUGGGGCUGGAAAAGGCGCACCGGCCUCAGAGAGAGAACAUGUCCAGGGCCGUCGCCAGCGUGCUGCAGGGCGGGUGUCCAGGUGAGCAGUAUCGUGGGGAGGAGGCCCUAGGGAUGCAUUCGCAGCACUUUGUUUCCAGGGCCACAAACCUCCAGGGAGGUCAGAUCAACAACAACGUGGCACCGGGCUCAAACAUGGGCCAGCAGCACCCUUACCCUGCCCUCAGCCAGCUGGCACAUGUCUACGAACAGCAGCAGCAACAACAGCAGCACCAGCAACAGCAGCAGCAGAACAAGGAUCUCAACAAGUACGCCUCCCUGAAGGCUGUGGCUGCCAAGUACAACGGUGAAGUCUACAACAAGCGCCGGCUGAUGGUGGAGCUGCCAACGAAGGGCGGACUUCCUCUCCAGCCCAUGGGCAACUCCAGACCCUCCAUGGGCAACAUGACGUCGAUGACUCCUCCGAUGACAACCAACCCCAUGUCUUCUAACCAAAUGGCUUCUAAUCCCAUGAACCCCACCAUCAACCAGAUGACAUCCAUGACCCCAAUGACAUCUAUGAUGCCCAUGACCUCUAUGACGCCCAUGACUUCCCUCACCCCGAUGACCUCCAUGACACCUAUGACCUCCAUGACACCUAUGACCUCCAUGACCCCCAUGACCUCCUUGACCCCAAUGACCUCCAUGACCCCUAUGACCUCUCUGGGUCCACUGACUCCUGAGCCAGUGGCCACGUAUGUCACUGAGAUGCCCAGCAUCUCCUCUGUCUCAACGCUCCCGACAGAACGGCACAUAGCCGGUGUCGGAGGAGGUGGGGGACUCAAGCCGAAUGGCCAGAAACCCAAAGGCAGCCAUGGUCAUGUGGGCCACAGCUCUCACAGCUCUCACACUCACAGUCAUGUUCACAGCCACAGUAGCAAGCCACCAGGACUCAGGUCUACUUCCCUGGCACACAUGGCAGGGACCAUGCCAGGUGGCACGUCCCUGGGCAUCUCCAGGGCCGCUGAGACCUCCCUUGGCUCCAGCUCGGCUACAAUGGGCCGCCCAAUGGUGUACAGUUCCAACACAAUUGCGUCUGGGCAUACGAUGGGUCUGGGCCUUAAGGCCUGGGAUGGGACUGAGACAGUGGGCCGCAGGAAGACCUACGGGCACAAGAGGCCUCAGUGUACCGUGCUGGAGCCCAACCAGCUUCACGGCACCAGAGGCCACAGCCACAGCCAACACUUCCUCCCCACACAGCCCUACUUUGUGACCAACAGCAAGACAGAGGUGACUGUGUGAGAGAAGGGAGAAAGGGAGAAAAUGAAAGGCAAAAGGAUGCAUGUGGUGGUGGCACAAGUAAUCUCUGAGUGAGGACACCAACCCCUGUGUUGGUCAAGGGUGCAGAUCUAUGUAUGUGUUUGUGUGGCUCGUUGGUAUACCGGUGAAUGUGGUUGGACAGUGACACUGUGUCUGAGUGGUCCUCGUUUCACAGACAGAGUUCACCAAUCAAAUCACUGAACAGACCUUUCAGCGUCCAAGUCGGUGGCAUCUGUUACCAUAACUUCAAAGCGCCUACAGAGCAGGGAUGUGUGUACACUUGUGGUGAUAUUAGAGUGUUGCCUCACAGCUAAUAUCUACUCUGUAAUAACAACAAUAUCUGAGCGUUACAGUUCAACACACGGAUGAUAAAGUGGGAAAGUGCUGAUAAUAAAAUGGAUUGGCUUUAUGAACCAAACCUGAGAAGCAAUAUAAGGGAUUAAGUGUAACGCAUCAAAGCAUUGUGGGAAAGAAGAAACACAGCAAGUUUACCCACAAAUCUCGCAACACGAGUUCUGCUCAUCUGGCCAACAAUGCGUCGAACAGUUUGGAAGAAAAAACAUUCCCUUAUGAUUCACUCCCCAUAAAUCUCCUGAGGGCUUUGAAACAGACACACAUGAUGAGGGCGCUGGGCUUUGGACUGCAGACAUGCAGGGCUUUGUACUGUGGCUAUUCAGAAGCGCCUUCAUAAGAUCUGCAGCUGAAGGUCGCCCUUUUUCCACAAGGCUCCAGCACAGAGAAUGGAGGCUGUCACACUGGCAUUGUUCUGUUCUGAUCCCGUCUGUGUGGUGACAGCUGGCCCGGAGGAGGGAUAAGGAGGCAGGGAGGCAGCAUCUGGAUGAUGCUGCAGCUAGCAGAGGCUCCACGGAGCAUGAUUCUCAUACACACACACACAGUCAUGCACAUGCAGACAUGUUUUCACACAAACAUACUGAAACAUAUACUGUAGAAAUGUCGCACACCAGGGUUUGACCAAAAUGGAGUUUUUUAAAGGAUGAUACCAAUAAUUUAAGAAUUCAGCUACAGAUGGCUGAUAUUUUGUUUAAUUUCUGCAUAUUUGUUGUCUUUAAAUUUGACAGUUUGCAUUUGAAAAACUCCGUGCAGUGCUUCUCCAGAAUAAUCAGUGAAUAUCACCACAGUACUCUAAAACUAUCAAAUGAAACACAAGAAAAUAUUCAGAAAUGGCAGCUACGUCAGAAGUACCCAUCUUAUCCAUUCAAUGACAGGGUAUACAGUUUUGGAUAUGUAAAUACUUUUAAAUUAGAAAACUAUUUACAAAAGGGUUGCACAAUUCAUGGAAUAGUUUUGGUAAAUAGGUGCAUUUGCUUUCUUGUUUAGAGUUAGAUAAGAAGAUUAAAACCACUUUUAUGUCUGCAUGUUAAAGGUCUAGUGUGUAGGAUUUAGUGGCAUCUAGUGGCAAGGUUGCACAUUGCAACCAACUGAAACUUCUCUCAUGUGCCAAGCGUGCAGGAGAACUACAGUACCCGACAUGAAAACGUGACUGGCCCUACCUAGAACCAGUGUUUGGUUUGUCCAACUUGGCUUCUGUAGAAACAAUAUGAUGGACUCCGUGGAAAAGGACCCACUUGGUAUGUAGGUAUAAACAACUCAUUCUAAGGUAAUAAAAACACAAUCCUUAUUUUAAAGUAAUUAUAAACCGAUAAAAACAGUUUUGAAUAUCACAUACUAUUUUGGCCAAUAGUUUGUUUGCAAUUAUGUGACUAUUAUGAUGCGCGAAAUUCAGAUAAAGAGCAGGUGGUUCUAAGUCCAUACACUGAAUUGGAAAAAGAUGAACAUGACAACAUAAACAAUAUGUAUGAAUCUGCAAGCAGCAGGUAUCAUCAGAAAAUUUAAACUAAUGGUGGAUGUGAUCCAUACAAAACAAAGGAAAGCCAUUUUUUUCCAGCAACUUGACAGCAUUGUCCGGUGUGGACACGAUCACCCUUACGAAUUACCAUGUCCUCUACACCAGUGGUUCCCAACCGAUGGGUUGCGGGUUGAGUUAGGAUUAGGGUUAGCGAAUAUGUCAAGUUUCUAAAAAGACACACUUUAUUUUGAAGUACAGUGAAUAUCCAGCACAGAGCUUUUAUUUUGAGGGACUGUUUCCUGCUGUAGAGUGAGUGUAUAACAAAUACCUACUUAACAGAGACAGCAAACGAGCUUGACGACAUGGCCAAACACAAAUAUAACACUAAAUAUUUUUAAGUGUGUGGACUUUGAACAAAUGACUAGGGACAAAUCUGGAACCCGGUUUCUGAACCAAUUGAGAACCACUGCUCUAGACCUCCUUACGUUACUGACAAUAGACGGCGAGCCGAUGAAAACAUACAAAAGUCUAGUGGACUGUAACUAUUUUGUUUGCGGUUGGGUCCAUGGCUGAAAUCAUUUUGUUUUUGGCAGGGUGAGUAAAUGUGCUUGAGUAUACAGUAUUUUAUAUUCCAACUCUGUACAUGGAUGCGCCGUUGUCAGGCUAACGUUACCAGCUAACGUUAGCUAACUUUAGCCACUAUUCUUUACCUAUUAGGUCAUCCGUUUCCAUAGGUCUGGCAAACACCAUAAAAAUCUGGGUUGUGGCUAAAAACACCGAGUUGAAACAGCAUAUUGUUAUGGUAUCCAACUUCAGACAUGUUAAAUAAUGCGUUAACAUUUGAUGUUAGUUAACACCGCUCCUCCAAAGAGAGGACAGAGUUUUUGUUAUCCACAUCCACUGUUUCUCAGUGAGGUGUUUUUUUUUUGUUUUUUUUUUACACUUCUCCCCUUUACGCCCACUUUUUUUUAGGAUUUACAGUGAGCCUUGUUUUUCCUCAAUUUGAUCAACUGGAAGAGCCGUAAAUAGCUCAAAUUGUAGACACCAAUGUAUGACAUCAUAUGCAAAAGAGCUAUAGAUGUCCCAAAAUUGUACACACUGGAUCUUUAAAUGUGAAGCUACAGUCAGUAGUCUGCUAGCUAAACAGCUAACCUGGUUCUCUCCAAUAGUACAGGAACAAAAUCUGCAUUCAAGUAUCUCAAAAGCUCAUUAAUCUAUAUAUCUAGUUUAUUUAAUUUGAACAAAAACUGUAAAGUAGAUACUAGUAGGCAACAAAAUGUCAAACUAUUUCUUUAAAAUAAUGAACAAAAUGUGCAAAAAUAAAGCAGUUUUAAUGUAGCUGCAGUCAGGAAUGGCCUUGAUUCUACUGGAAAUGGACAAAACCACCCACUGAUUAAUAAAUAUGUAUGUAUUAAGGCAAGCACAGACAGCACACAUGAAAUAUGGGUCAGCUGAGCAACUAUAUGCCUCACAUAUUUCAAUAGUUGGACCAAAUUUUAGCUUUGGAAACAUUUCAUUUCUGCACAGAUUUUGCAUAGGAUGUUCUAUUUCUCUAGUUUUAGAGUAAAGCAAGAAACUACUGUGAAAAGUGGAAUAAAAAUACCACUUUUUCUGGUAUUAGAAGACACUGCCACAAAAAACUAGGUUUGAUUAGAUCACUCACUGUACUCGAGCUCUAGCUGGGAAAAAAAACAUCACAACCGGCAGGGAGAGAAAAAAAAAACUAUCUGGGUUGCAUGACUCAAACAUAAAAAUAAAUCCUUAAGUCUGACAAAUAGGCCAAAUCUUCUAAGUGCUUCUCUGAGCCUAUUUGCUUCUUCUGUAAUGAUGUGAGAUUUAUUAGCAGCUGCAGCCACAGUUAUCAUUUUGACCUUGUUAUCUAAAGUGCUGCUUCCACCUCUAAGACCCUUUUUAAACUUGUGAUUAAGAUGCAUAUUUAAGUGAUCAAAGUAUCAAAGUAUAAUCAGACAAUGCUUAGCCACAUUAAUAUAGGAGGGGAAAAAAAGACACAGCGAGGAUGGAUUAUGACUGGAUUGCUUAAACCAUCUCUGGAGGUGGUGUAACCGUAAAUGCAAUUAUGUACUGGAAAUAUGCGUGCAACCAAAGCACAAGUGAAAAAAAGGUGUAAAUUGUCAUUUUUAAAGCAUGUAAAUAUAAGAGGGAAGGGUGCACAUGACAAUCUGUUGAGAGAAAAAGAGUGGAUUUCAGUGUGACACAUUUUAAUGGAAGCUCCAGCAGAGCAGCACUCAGUUUGGGUACGCUGUGUAUCCAGACCGCGUGUAGAUCUGAGCUGCACAGGGGGGUCUAAUACUACAGCGUCUAAAUCAAAAGAUGAAACAGCUCAGCCAGUAGAGAGUAAGAUAAGGGGGUCUACAGGAGGGGAUGUUUUUUGCCUUCUGCUGUGGACCCCCCCCC